AAAAGAUGAAACCUUUUGUUUAAUUAAAUUAGCGAAGGGGUUUCAAUUCAAAGAGCGUGAAUGAAAUUGAAUCGAACCGACGGAUUGUUCAUACCCGUUCCUUGGGUUUAUAAGAAGAACCCUCCUCUUCCUCCUCCUUCUUCUUCGGGAGUUUUUUUGUUUUAUUAUUUUUGAUUUUUUAGAAAAAAGCAAUUUUAGGUCUGGUGAGACAGAGUGUGAUGGGUACUCGUGGGGAUGAAGAAGACGAAGAUUGCUUCUUUGAUGCCCCUGAAUCAGAAGCAGAAGGAGAAGAAGAGGUAUCAUCUGUUUCUCAGGAAAUCGGUGGUUUACGUCUCUGGACCAACAACCCUGAGAGUGUUUCCAAUCGACGGCGUAAGUUCUUCCAGUCUAUGGGGUUUAGUUUCAAAAAGACCGCAACAGAAGAGGAUUCCUCCGAGUCUGAAGAAGAUGAGCUCGAACCACCCCGAUCUCAACUUUCUGAUUCUUCAAUGUCAAACUCGGUGGAUUUGUUGUUGAGGAAUGAAUCCACUACGUCCUCUGGAUUCGAGCGAUCCUCUGUUUCGUCAUUUGAUGAUCAAACCUUGUUGUCCUCCAGUAGUAUGUCUGAAGGGUUGAGUGAAUCUGGUUCAAGUAGAUCGGGUAGCUUUGGUGAUUUUCACAACUCUCCAUCGAGCCGUUCAGAUGAUCCCUUAAAGAAAGGGGCACAAUCUUGGUUAAAGAAGCUAGGUCUUUUGACACAUGUCCUUGACUCCAUGGACUGUGAGUCUGUGGGAUCUCCGUUGAAGAAGCGAGUCGCGCGAGUGCAGGCGUUCAAAAAGCAGUUCAAGGAGCUCUCAUCUCUGUGUGUUGACCAAGAGUUUUCAGCGCACGAUGGCUCAAUCUUAGCCAUGAAGUUUUCUCCUGAUGGGAAAUACAUUGCAAGCGCUGGCGAAGACUGCGUCGUUCGAGUGUGGAGCAUAGCCGAGGAAGAGAGAACAGACAAGUAUGAAGUAGCUGAGUCUGAUUCUGGUGUUUACUUUGCGAUGAAUCAACAUUCUCAGAUUGAGCCUCUGAAUAUUAGCAAUGAGAAAACAGAAAAGAAAAAGGUAAGUUUUUUGAGGAAGUCAUCGGACUCAACUUGCGUUGUGCUACCCUCUAAGAUCUUCUGUAUAUCGGAGAAGCCUCUGCAUGAGUUUAGAGGACAUAUUGGUGAGAUCUUGGAUCUUUCCUGGUCGGAGAAAAGGUAUCUCCUGUCAUCUUCUGUGGACGAGACUGUUCGUCUAUGGAGAGUAGGUUCUGAUGAAUGUCUCAGAACUUUCUUUCAUAACAAUUUCGUGACUUGUGUAGCAUUCAACCCUGUGGACGAUAAUUACUUCAUAAGCGGAUCAAUCGAUGGCAAAGUUCGAAUGUGGGAUGUGUCUCGCUGUCGGGUUGUUGACUACACAGAUAUAAGAGACAUUGUAACAGCUGUGUGCUAUCGUCCAGAUGCAAAGGGUGCAGUGAUAGGUUCCAUAACAGGGAACUGUCGCUUCUACCAUAUAUUCGAUAAGCAGCUGCAAAUGGACAGAGAGAUUAACUUACAUGGGAAGAAGAAGUUUCCAGGGAAAAGGAUCACUGGUCUCCAGUUUUUGCCCAAUGACUCGGACAAAGUAAUGGUUACUUGUGCUGAUUCACAGAUUCGAAUCAUAUGUGGAGAGGAUGUAAUCUGCAAGCUUAAAGGUUCUAGCCUUUGCACAACAUCAGCUUCAUUUACUUUAGACGGGAAACACAUUGUGUCAACAACAGAGGACUCGAGCAUUCAUGUGUGGAAUAGCUCUCAAUUACCGAGAUCCAAGAAGCCAUCUUCUGGAAAACCGAAAAGCAUAAGGUCUUACGAGGGGUUUCUCUCACAAAAUGCGUCAGUGACUGUACCUUGGCUCAGGCAGGAAAACAGGAACAGGCUAAGCGAGUGCAUCACAUGUCUGGACAAGGAGAUAGGGAAAGUGGACUGCUGUUUCUCACCAAAGAAAGGAUCAACAACGUGGCCUGAAGAGGAGCUGGAAGAAACAGCAGCAACAACAAGGAGCAGCAGAGGGAAGAAGCUGAGGCUUGUGAGGAGCACGUGGCAGCCUAACAUGUGGGGGCUUGUGAUCGUGACAGGGACUUGGGAUGGAAAGAUGAGAGUGUUCAACAACUAUGGAUUGCCAGUUCCGGUCUAAAAAGACAAGUGAAUAUUAGUAUUAGAUAGAUAGGAUUCUUUUGAUUUGUAUAUCAAAGCUACUUACUUGCUACCACUAGUACCUAGGCGUAAGAUGUGUAUACACAUUAUUAGCACAUAGGAUAUCUAAAAGAUGUAUUGUGCUCUCUCAAGUUAUACUAUAUUAUCUCCCUUUGGGAAAUGUCGUUUAAACCCUCCUCUCUCUCAAGUUGUGAG